AUGGCUGAAUCGAUUAUCGAAGGCUAUAUUCUACAUAUCCUCGACCGGCCCCAUAGUAUCUUCCAUUUACCGACGCUGAGGGCAUCAACCCGUGCAGGAACACUGCCGCCUGCAUUACGGUAUUCCUUACUCAGCUACGGGGCUCGGUUCCACCGUGAUCAUAAGAUAUCAUGCCUUGCCAAGCGAUUUCUGGAGGAGGCGAAGGCGCAGCUGCAUGCUGACCUUGAGCAUGUCUCCCUGGAAAACGUACAGGCAUGCAUCCUCCUUGCCAGUCUUUCAGCAGCCUCCCAGCAACCCUCUUCAGAAACGCUGUACCUCGGCAUUGCUAUCCACAUGGCAGAGGUCCUACAAUUGGGCGAGUGUCAGGAGGGGGAUCCGAGACAAAUCCGGGAGUUGAAACGGCGCAUAUGGUGCUCACUUUAUAUGGCUGACUUUUGGUGUUCCACCGGGAAUGGUUUGAGGCGCAAAAUGGCAGGCUUUGGUCGUCUUACCGAUCUCCCAAUGGACGAGGCUGCCUUUCAUGGGUCUACUACACUCGGAUAUGUGGAGGACAAUACAUCACGGCCAGGUCUAUGGGCGUAUAUGAUCACGCUCGUGGAGAUAUUUGGCGAAAUUCAGGAGUUGAGCCUGAGGGUUGCUCCAAGUUUGCCGGAUAAUCAAUCCAUGCAUGUCGAUGAGCAAGUUGCCCUUCUGGGCCAAGCUCUAACAUCCUGGGAGGCAAAGCUCCCCGAACAUGUUCGGUAUAGCAAGGCAAACCUUCUCGCUUUCCGAGCCCAUGGAUUGGGUGGCCCCUUCGUGGCGCUGCAUCAGGGGUAUUAUCACUACUGCAUGCUGCUGUAUUACCAAUAUUUGGAUACUAAACGGACAACUACAGAAAAGACUGCAAGAUUUUCAAAAUUCUGUCAGCAUAGCGCUCUUGCUCAUAGUAAUCUGCUGGCUUUCGCGCGAGAUGCUGGGGAAUGCGACGUUCUGUAUGCAGGGGUAGGACACAGCACGGUAAUUUCCUCGUCUGUCCUGCUUCACACUGCCAUGUUUGGUGAACCAGAUGAGAUUAUGCCUGCGCAGCAAGCUCUCCAAGCCAAUUUCGAAAUGCUUCAAGAGCUUUCGCGAUAUUGGCCUUCCCUAGACCUCACUAUACGUCGUCUCAGCCAGUUCCAGCUGCGAUGUACCGAGGGCGAUGCGAUCAGGGCAUACGACUUCGAUGAGUGGAUGGUUACAUUUCUUUUGAGGUAUCACUUAACACUAGACGAGAAACGGUCUCCCGGGUUCCAAAUUAUGCUCUUCUCUAGCUUUCCCCUCGUUUUCACAGUCGGCCUCGCAAGUCAGGUCGUCUUUGCCGCCGAUCCAUCACCACCAGCACCUGAACCCAUCAGUAUCACUGAAUUGCCAUUGCCACCGGUGGCAAUCGACAAAUGUACCAUAGAGCUGAGUCCUAAUGGCACCGGUUGCAUCGCUCAAGGCAAAUAUGGUGCUGGCUUUCAGGCCGGAAGCUUCUUACUAGAUAGUAGGCAUAUUGUUGCCCACGUCACUUAUACCGGUGCCCCAGACGCACCCGACCCAGCCAGUAUCUUCACAGGGGAACAAAUCAUUAUGAUCAAGACAGAUGGCAGCUCGUUCUCCACUGGUGUGCCUUGGAAGUGUCUCACCUGCGGCGUUCCCGCAGAGAAUGCUCAGGGGCUUUCGAACACCUUUGAUUAUCCCAACUCAUUCAUGGACAGCCGUCGCAUACUCUUUGGCACCAACAUCCUGGAUUGUGGUGAGAAUGACCUUACAAGCGAUGAUUGCACCCCGGAGACUACCUACAUCUAUCCUAUCCGGUGGAACACUUCGCCGGAUGGAUCGGGGGCAGGUGGGAGCAUUCGGGAAUUGCGACUGCAUCCAGAUGAUGUUCAUCUCGGCUUCAGCUCAUUCCGCGUCGACGGGCGCUCUUUGGGCCAGGAUAGCUACUUCUCUCGUCUUACCUUCAAUCCUAGUCCAACAACAGGAGAACCUUUAGUCCCGCGCUACGACCUGGAAAGCGUCACGAGGCUGUCCAACCCCAAUAACCCUCCACCGUUUGUGGCAGACGGCGACAAAUUGUCUUGGAAUCCGCUGACCAACUACGUCGGCGAGUUACGUGGCUUCAGCGGCCGCGGGGACGAGGUCACAUAUAUCGGAACCUCGGUCGAGUCGUGCAAUGUGGAUGUUUUUGCCGUCAAGCUAGAUAGUGGCGAGGUGCGCCGUCUGACUUCCGACCCAGAGUACGUCGAUCCGGUCGAUAUCUCCCCAGACAACGAGUGGACGGUCGUUAUGGACACCCGUCGCACCGAUCGACAGAUGUUCAUGGCCGCUAUGCGUGGUGUUCCGCCACUGAUUGAUUUGAUUGCAACCUCCGUCGCCUCUACCACACGCAACAACUACCAGCGACGAUUUUUUCAGCCCUGGCUUAUCGACCGCUAUGGCGACCGGGGAGAUUACUAUGGUCAGAAGAUCAAUGACAAAGGCUCUGGCGUCCCAGGGAGCGCUGAUAUUAACGACCCUGAGUGGAACGGGCGAGCAGACCCAAAGUGGUCACCCGACGGAACUAAGAUUGUAUACUGGCAAGAUCUAACUGCGUCACCCGCCUGUGGCGGGGAGAACCCCCUGCCCUGCUAUGACUCGCCGUAUCAGGGAGGUCGUUACGUCCGCUUCAUGCUCGCGGAACUCACCAGCCGUGAGCCCAAAGAGCUUGCUAGGGUAGACCCUGUCUCGGAUACGGUAGCAUGGGGUACACCUUAUGUUCCUGGCGAAGAUGCCCCCUCGAUUCCACGUCCGCCUCAGGGGAAAUAUACCCUGUACGGUGCUGAGAGCGGCCAUGCCAACGUCACCAUCAUUGACAAUGCCGAUGUGGACACAAUCAAGAGCGUGGCGGUCAAUUAUAAAGACUAUUCUGAUGACGGCUUGGCGUUCUUGAACGGGUAUGAGAAUUUCACUCGUAUAAACCCUUCUGUGACUGUCGAGAAUGCCAUCUGGUUCUCGGAUCUAGUACAGACUGGUGACGUCAAUGCUACUAAAAAGACGAGCGAUGAUGGUUUCCGGCUCACUAUUGACGUCCUAGUAAACGUGUUGGAGGCAGAGGGAACGCUGACUACAACAAUUGGCGGAAAGGUGUACGAGCAACCGGCGAAUCGCACAUGA